AUGGAAGCUAAUGGAUUUAUCGGAGGAAUCUGGAUCUUAUGGAAAGAUACAGUGCAAAUUGAAAUUAUGAAUGUGUUUCCACAAUACGUGCAUGGACGGGCACAAGAGGAGGGGAGCACUAAAUGGCUAUACUUCACAGUUGUAUAUGGCAGCCCACAGGUGACAAAAAGGAAAGAGUUAUGGGAUCGACUAGCAGCCCUAAAUCCGGGGAAUAUGGAAGCAUGGAUGUUGGACGGAGAUUUCAACGCCACAUUGCGAUUGGAAGAGAAACAAGGAGCAAAUCGAGGAAACGGUACUAGCAAAGGCUUCCAAGACUUUAUCUUCAACUCCGAACUAAUGGUGGUCGAAUUUAGAGGAUCGGAAUCUACAUGGAAACGCGAAAAUCUUUGGAAAAUACUAGAUCGGUUCCUCUUUAAUGAAAAAUGGGCUGCUCUUUAUCCCAUGUCCAUCGUUACACACCUAGACCGUGUAGGCUCGGAUCAUUGCCCAUUGCUCUUCCACUCUCCAAAAAUAACAGGUCGUACCUCAGAAAGACCAUUCCGCUUCAUUGCCGCAUGGAAAAACACCCAGAAUUUCCAAGCUAGUACGCGAUUUUCAAAACCAAAGUCAACAGCUGGAACAGUUCAGUCUUCGGCUAUAUCGGAAAACGAAGAAGCAAUUGCUUGCAAGAAAAUAUACUCGGAGAGACUUGUACAAUUAGACGCGGAGCUAAGAACACAAUCAGACGAAGUUCUCGAACAAGAAAAAAGCCUAUGGAUACAGAAGUCAAGACAACAAUGGAUACGCCAUGGGGAUAAAACACGCGCUUCUUCCAUGCUAACACCAUGCACCGAAGGAGGACGAACUACACCCCAAAACUCAAGCUCCAAGACGGUAAAUGGUGCUCGGACCAAGACCAACUACGAAUUAUGGCAGUAG